UUCUCUCCUCUGUAGUGUCCAAUACAGAAAACAUUCGGUUCCAUAAUCCAUGUAAUCCCACCGCCUUCUUCCUUCACCUCUUUUUACACACUGAAACACGCACAAAGACGCAUAGUUGAGAGUGAUGAAUCAGUAGCACUAAUGGAGGAGGUGUCAGCAUCUUAUGAUCAGUGCAGCUAUUGGGAUGCUGUAUUGGAGCUAACAAAGUUGGCCCAAGAAAAUGGAAGUGACCCUCUAUUGUGGGCAAUUCAAGUUUCCGCGAACAUGAGUUCUUCAGGGGUGUCUUUCCCUUCUUUUGAGUUGGCCAACUUCCUGGUUUCUUACAUUUUCUGGGAAAACAAUGUUCCUAUAACUUGGAAAUUCCUAGAGAAAGCUUUGGUUCUCAAGAUUGUGCCUUCUCUUCCUGUUCUUGCACUGCUCUCCACAAGGGUAAUCCCAAAUCGACAUUCCUGUCCAGCAGCAUUUAGGCUUUAUAUGGAACUUCUAAAGACACAUGCAUUCGAGUUUGAGAGUCAUUCAAAGUUACCUAAUGAUCAGAAGAUCAGGAAGUCAAUUAGUAAUAUUAUCCACUCCUCUCAGAUAUUUGAUGUACAAGCAGAUGAACCUGGAGUUCUUGUGAUUCAGAUUGUCUUUUCAAUUGUUUGGCAAUUGCUUGAUGCAUCCUUGGAUGAUGAAGGGUUGCUGAAACUUACCCCUGAAAAAAAUUCUAGAUGGCCCACUAAACUGCAGGACAUGGAGAUUGAUGGCUACAAAAAUUCUGAUGUAAUGAGGCUUGAAAACAAAGAGAGAUUGAAGAAUGCUAAUACUGUCAUGGCCAUAGAGUUGAUAGGCAAAUUUCUGCAAACCAAAGUGACUUCCAGGAUUAUUUAUUUGGCUCGCCAAAGCAUGAGAAGACCUUGGGGUGGUUUUGUCCAGCGAAUUCAGCUGCUUGUAUCACAUUCCACAGCAUUAAGAAAUUCAAAACUUCUAACAUCAGAGACUCUUCUAAAGUUGAUACAUAAUAGUCCCAAGUUAAUGCUGCAGCGUCCCAGAAGAUAUGCUCCAGAGGAGCUACCUAGUGUUGGGCUUUUUAAAUCUCUAGCAUAUAGGUCUGGUUGUCGUGUUGGGCUUAGUUGUGCUUCUCUUUGGCUUCCUCUUGAUUUGAUAUUGGAAGAUGCAAUGGACAACUCACAAGUUAAUGCAACUAGUUCUGUUGAAACUGUUACUGGUCUAGUAAAAGCUCUUCAAGCAAUCAACGGUAGCACUUGGCAUGAGACUUUCCUAGGACUUUGGAAGGCAGCUUUACGUCUAGUUCAAAGGGAAAGGGAUCCAAUUGAAGGGCCUGUUCCACGCCUAGAUACUCGACUAUGCAUGUUACUCUCUAUCACAACUCUCGUGGUUGCUGAUCUUAUUGAGGAAGAGGAAAGUGCUCCAACUGAUGAGAUUGAUGUUGACUUAGACAGUCAGUGCAAACAGACUACUGGAAAUCGUCGUGGGGAUUUGGCCUCUAGCUUACAGAAUCUGGGUGAUUUUGAGAUGCUUUUAACUCCUCCUCACUCUGUUAUUCCCGCAGCCAAUCAAGCAGCUGCAAAAGCAAUGAUGUUUGUUUCUGGAAUAAACGUUGGCAGUGCAUAUUUUGAAUCCAUCAGCAUGACAGAUAUUCCAACAAACUGUUCUGGAAACCUGCGACAUGUAAUAGUCGAGGCCUGCAUUGCCAGAAAUUUACUGGAUACAUCUGCUUACUUCUGGCCAGGCUAUGCGAGUGGAAGCAUCAAUCAAUUACCCCACACUGUUCCCACUCAAAUUCCUAGUUGGUCCUCUUUCAUGAAGGGUGCCCCACUUACACCACUGUUGAUAAAUGCUUUAGUUUCAGUGCCUGCUUCAAGCUUAGCAGAAUUAGAGAAGAUUUUUGAGACUGCGGUGAAAGGAUCUGAUGAUGAGAAGAUAGCUGCUGCAAGAAUUCUUUCUGGAGCUUCCUUAGUUCGUGGGUGGAAUAUACAGGAACACACAGCAUAUUUUAUAACCAGAUUGUUGUCUCCACCAGCUCCUGCUGACUACUCUGGGGAUGACAGCCAUUUGAUAGGUUUUGGGCCAAUGCUGAAUGUCUUGCUUGUUGGAAUUGCACCUGUUGACUGCGUCCAGAUUUUUUCCCUGCAUGGCCUGGUUCCACAACUAGCUUGUUCACUGAUGACGAUAUGCGAGGUAUUUGGUUCAUGUAUUCCUAAUAUCUCAUGGACACUCACUACAGGAGAGGAAAUCUCUGCACAUGCUGUAUUUUCAAACGCAUUUGCUCUUCUUCUAAAGCUAUGGAGGUUUAAUCAUCCUCCAAUUGAAUAUGGAGUGGGGGACUUACCACCAGUAGGGUCUCAACUAACUCCCGAGUACCUCCUACUUGUGCGUAAUUCCCUGCUGGUAUCUUCUGGAAACUUACUCAAGGAUCCAAAUAGAAGGAGAUUAGCUGCUGUUGCAAGUGCUUCUUACCCGAAACCCAUCUUUGUAGACUCAUUUCCAAAACUAAAGGUUUGGUAUAGGCAACAUCUGGCAUGUAUAGCUUCACCCCUUUCUGGGCUUGUUCAUGGAACCCCUGUCCAUCAAACAGUUGAUGCCCUUCUAAACAUGAUGUUCAGAAAAAUUAGUAGAGGAAGCCAGUCAGCAACUUCCAUAACAUCUGGGAGUAGUAGUUCCUCUGGACCUGGCAGUGAAGAUACUUUUCCAAGGCCAAUAUUACCUGCUUGGGAUAUACUUGAAGCUGUCCCUUUUGUGGUUGAUGCUGCUCUAACCAGUUGUGCUCAUGGGAUACUGUCUCCUCGGGAAUUGUGCACAGGCCUUAAAGACUUGGCUGAUUAUCUUCCAGCAUCCUUGGCAACUAUUGUAAGUUACUUCUCAGCUGAAGUAACUCGUGGCAUCUGGAAACCAGUUUUCAUGAAUGGAACUGAUUGGCCAAGCCCUGCUGCCAAUCUCUUUUAUGUUGAGGAACAAAUAAAGAAAAUUUUAGCUGCCACUGGUGUUGAUGUCCCAAGCCUUGCUGCAGGGGGGAACUCUCCAGCAACACUUCCACUGCCAUUGGCUGCAUUUGUGAGCCUCACUAUAACAUACAAACUUGAUAAAGCCUCGCAACGGUUUCUCAAUCUGGCAGGCCCAGCAUUAGAGUCCCUAGCAGCAGGUUGUCCAUGGCCAUGCAUGCCGAUUGUGGCUUCUUUGUGGACCCAAAAGGCAAAAUGCUGGAGUGACUUUCUUGUAUUUUCUGCCUCUCGUACUGUCUUCCUACACAACAAUGACGCAGUUGUUCAGCUGCUAAAAAGUUGCUUCACCGUGACUCUUGGCCUGAACACAACCUCAGUCACUAGCAAUGGGGGUGUUGGGUCACUUCUUGGCCAUGGAUUUGGAUCACAUAUGUACGGUGGGAUUUCUCCAGUAGCCCCAGGGAUUCUAUAUCUACGUGUUUACAGAUCAAUCAGGGACAUCAUGUUCAUGAGAGAAGAGAUUGUUUCUCUGCUGAUGCAAUCCGUGAAAGACAUAGCAUGCAGUGGGCUACCAGUAGAACAACCAGAAAAGCUGAAGAAUGCCAAAAAUGGCAAGUAUGGGCAUGUUUCACUUGAUACAAUAAUGAUUAAGGUGAAACUAGCAGCUUCUUUGGGAGCUUCACUGGCAUGGUUAACUGGUGGACUGGGGCUUAUGCAGUCAUUGAUAAAAGAAACCUUGCCUUCUUGGUUUCUGUCAGUUCACCCAUCAGACCAGGAAGGAGCCUCCACUAUGGGAGUCCCUAUGCUCCAAGGAUAUGCGCUGGCAUACUUUACAGUGUUUUGCGGAGCACAUGCAUGGGGUUUAGAUGCAAUAUCAUCAUCAUCAAAGCGACGUCCAAAAGUUCUUCGGGAGCACCUGGAGUUUGUAGCUAGUGUCCUUGAUGGCCAAAUAUCACUCGGUUGUGACCCAGCCACCUGGCGGGCUUAUGUCCUGGAGCUUCUGAGCCUGAUGGUUGAUUGCUUUUCCUCUUGGAUGCUUGAGGUGGAUGUACCGUUGUUGAAGAGACUAGGUGAAGGGCUGAGGAAAUGGAAUGAGGAAGAGCUUGCUCUAGCUUUGCUGUGCCUUGGGGGGGCUGGUACGAUUGGGGCUGCUGCUGAACUGAUCAUAGACACUGACUUGUAGUUCUACUUGUGUACAUGAAAUUUUUGUAGGUUGAUAAAUUUUAUAGACGCAACAGAUGUAACUCAGUGUACAGGUAGGUAAACUUGUGCAGAAUGAAGAUUAUGAGAAUCUAACUCA